AUGCGCCGGCAAGCUCUUUUUCCAACGCUGGAAAUUCAAAGAAGAUGAAGUGAGCGAAACUCAAACAAGUCCGUUUGGCGUUUUUCCGUCAACAAACAAAGUUGGUGGGUUUUUUUAUUUCUCCAUUCGGUUGCUCAUACGUCGAACGGUCGACAAACCUCGCUGUCUCAUCACGUCAGCGUACAACCGAGCCCCUCGGAUACCAAGAAGCUGUAUAAAGUGGAAGGUUAGCAUCAGGCUAACCACGCUAACGUUACCAAUGAGUGCCGGAAGGUUCCUAACUUCUAAAAGCUGCCGGUGCAAAGUCUCGGUGAACCGGGGUAAGGAGCACCCAGCUCCCAGAGGGGCCAACCGGGUGCUGGCUGGCAGAAACCCGGCAGUUGUGGCGGUGGGAGCCUGGGUGGAGGCCGGACAAGACUUUGUGCAGCACCCGUCGGCCCUGGCUUUGCUUACUGAGGAGAUCCAGGCAGAAAAGAGGAGGGAGGCCGAAGAAAGUCUUCAGCGAUUUCAAGAUGAAGUUCGCCAUCGUGUGGCACAGCAAGCUCAGGACCGCAAGAAGAGACUGCAGCGUCAGACUGACUCAGAGGUGAAACCACACGGAAGAGUCCUACAGCAGCAGCAUCAGGUCUGGACUCGGCGUGUGUCUGCUGGCGAGAGGCUGAUGUCUGCGGGAGGUGCUGCACAACAAAGGGUGACUGAUAGGAGCUCUCAACAGUCUAAAGGAGGCAUGAGGCAGGUCCGACUCAGACUGGCCGCCUGUCGGAUCAUCCCGCAUGGGGAAAUGACGUCCGAGCUUUCCGGAGGCGAAUGGAACAUCUCCCCAACCAGACAUACUGGAACUCGCGUGCUAAGAGCAGAACAAGAAGUGGAAGAGCAGGAGUAUGUUGAGGAAGAGGAGAAUGAUCAUUUCUUCUCUGGUCAACAUGAAUGUCCCCUCGUGCAGCAGAAGAUGAGUGGACCUACCAUGUGGGAUUCUGAGAAACCGCAGUCUCCUGCUUUCAAGUCCGACGCCGGAGUCCCACAGGCCCUGUGGCCUCUUAUCGACCAAGAAGAACUGAAAAGACAGCGUCAGUCUCAGUUCCUGAUGCACCGACGUCUGUACAUGAACAUUGAGAGAGAGCAAAUCAAGGAGAACAAACAGAACAGGAAACACCUGAAGAGGACGAGAAGGAUCAAAGCCGAGAAAGAACAGGUUCGUCUGGAGGAAGAGCGGAGGUUGGAGAGGGAUCGGCGGCUCGCGGAAGCCAAGCGGAAGCUGGAGGAGAGGGAGCUGCUGAUCCUGGAGCGUCUGAAGCUUGAGGAGGAGAGAGAAGAGCAUCUGCAGAGAAGGAGAAGAAGAGAGGAGAAAGGGAAAGUAGCUGUGAGGUACAUUGAAGCUCUCAGAGCUCAGAUGAAGGAGCGACUGUCUCAGGAGAAGCUGGAGCCUCCUCCUCUCUGCUGCUGCGCGUCGUCUUUCUGGGACUCCCACCCCGACACCUGCGCUAACAACUGCGUGUUCCACAACAAUCCCAAAGCGUACGCCAAGGCGUUACAAUCAACAAUGCUGAGUUUGGAGUUACACUAAAGGCAGCUGAUCUCUCUUCGUCAAACAAAGUCAGAUGAGAAGGCUGGUGUCAGUUUUGUCUCCCUCCAUGAUGUGUGCAUAUGAGUCAAGAUGAGGUGGAUUCCAAUAAUGUUGUGCAGGCUUUCAUGUUUUCCACGACGGACUGAGGUUUCAUGGAACAUUUUGAAAAGACAUUGACUCAGAGAUCAGGAAUCAGGAUUAUGUAUCUUAAAGACUUCGGUGAUCCACUGACUUUUACCUCUGGCCUUUUUAUCAGUUUUUACUAUACUGAUACUGAGUACUGAUGACAAACGCUAAUGUAAGAAUCACACAACUGUAUUUAUAGAUAAAUGCUGAUUCAUUUACUGAUGUUCGUCUUGAAUCGUAUUUGUUUUGAUGAGGAUCUUAACUCAUCUGCAGGUUGAGAAUGGCUGUAUAUUAUAAUAAUAAUAAUAAUAAAACUCUGACGGGGAACAUUUGUAUUUUU